UGUCUUCAUUGAAUCUUAGAGUUGCAUACUCACAGAUACAUUCCUGAAUUAGGUGACACGUCAUUCAGACCACGCACACUACAUCCAGCGACGCCAGCAACCAGAAGAGCAAGCCUACCGCCCGUGGAAUCGGUUAGCAUUCGCCAACAAAUAUGGGCGGAUUCUUCUCCAGUCUCUUCUCUGGCCUGUUUGGCACCAGAGAGAUGAGGAUUCUUAUCCUAGGAUUGGAUGGUGCCGGGAAGACCACCAUUCUGUAUAGGCUGCAAGUUGGAGAAGUCGUCACCACUAUUCCCACUAUUGGCUUCAAUGUGGAAACCGUGACUUACAAGAAUCUUAAAUUUCAAGUGUGGGAUCUGGGAGGACAGACCAGUAUAAGACCAUAUUGGCGUUGUUACUACUCCAACACAGAUGCAGUGAUCUAUGUGGUGGACAGCAGUGACAGGGACAGGAUGGGAAUCUCAAAGUCUGAGCUGGUAGCCAUGUUGGAGGAGGAAGAGCUGAAGAAAGCCAUCCUAGUAGUGUUCGCCAACAAGCAGGAUAUGGAGCAGGCCAUGACUCCCACGGAAGUGGCCAACUCCCUUGGGCUGCCUGCACUCAAGGACAGGAAGUGGCAGAUCUUCAAAACAUCAGCCACCAAAGGCACAGGGCUGGAUGAGGCUAUGGAAUGGUUGGUGGAAUCCCUCAAGAGCAGACAGUAAUGACACCCGUUACCCCCGUGUAAAUACUCCUGUUCGAGAGCCUCUUCAGUCUCACGGCCAUACCCUCUGAUGCAGACAACUCUCCUCCCCAUAAUCCCCCCCGGGCAGGGGAUGGACUGCUGGAGGAAGUAGCAGUGGCUUCUCGCAUUUUGAGGGUCACCUGCUGACGGCCAAGAUGGUGGAAAGAUGAAAUGGAAAGACUUGUGUAUGAACUUCUGGUCAGGCUGUUGCUGCAGGCCAUGGUGUUUGAAUUCAUGUUUUGGUAUUGAUUCACACAUACAGGCUGGGUUUUGGGUUAUGUUGGGGUACAUUUGAGUUAUUUUUCUUGCCUUUAGAGUACUCAAACUUUAGUAUGGCCAGGUCUUCAGCGACAGGGACAGUUACUGUUUGUGAUAACUUGUUUGUUGCAUAUUUAUUUGAGCUGAAAUCAGUUGCCUCUAUAAAAAAGUAGAUGUAUUCACAAUUCGCACUGAAAUAAAUCAUGUACUGUA